AUGAAGACUGCCCUGGUGAUACUGUUGGUGGUCGUUGUGGUGAAUGUCGGUGUUUUGUCCAAUAGUCCCUUGAAUUGUAAAGAAGUAGACUGCGACGAAGUGGAAUGUUCGUCUGCCACCUGCACCUGUGGAUCUCACAAGAGCGAAUGCGGUUGCUGUGACAUCUGCAACAAGUGUCCCGGAGAAACGUGCAUUACAAUCCACGAUGACCUUUGCCAGGAAGGAUACGAGUGCAAGCUAAAGGAUCCGGCGGGUAGCAUCUUCAGCGGAGAUCCUGGUUCUUGCGUAGCAAAAACAGAAACGCCCCAUGAUCCCGCGCACGACCACACGUAG